AUGGAGAGUGGACUCAGAGUGACCCGGAAAGGACGGAAGCUAGGCUCCAGCCGCCGGCGGCAGAUGCGAGAGCCAGCUGAUGGCCAGGAUGUGCCGGUGGCCCCCGAGCCAGAGUCCUGGUCCUCCCAGUCAGCUGAAGAACUGCAGAGCUUCUUCCAGGACUGCGGUGCCGAGGAGAGGGGCUUUGUCACUCGAGAGGAUCUGGCGGCAGCCAAGUUCAGCUUCCUGAGCAGCGAGGAUGAGCUGGAGAUGAUCUUUGACUGGGUGGAUGUGGAGCGGAAGGGACGCCUCUCCCUUGAAGAGUUCAGCUCCGGGCUCAAGAGCAUCUUUGGCUCCAGCUCGAGCACCCACAGGCUCCAUAGAAAGAGGCCACUGCUCUCCAAGCGAGGAUCUGUAGCCACCAGCUUCCCGGUGGUGGAGGAGGCCAACAGUGAGGAGAAGGAGGCAUUCUUUGCCUUCAUGGAGCAACUAGGAGCCAGCAACUCACUUCCUGAGCAGGCGGAAAUCUGGCAGCUAUGGAGAAAGCUGCGGCAGGAGGAGCCCCAGCUGGCAGGCAACCUAGAGGGCUUUCUGGCCAAGAUGAACAGUCGCCUACAGGAGGCACGGGCCGACAAGGAGGUUCUGGAGCUGGCUCUGAGGAAGAGGGACACUGACCAUCACCGCGAGGUCCAGCAGCUCUACGAGGAGAUGGAGCAGCAGAUACAGCGGGAGAAGCAGCAGCUGCAAGCCGAGAGCGACUCCCGGGGCCUGGCCCUCAGCUCCCAGAUGCAGGAGGUGCUGGAGGCCAAGGAGCGCGAGGUGCAGCGGCUGACCGAGGGCCAGAAGGAGCUGGAGGCCCAGCUCCACCGUCUCAGCAGCACACACCAGGAGGCCAGCUCAGAAAACCGGCAGCUUCGGGAGGCCGAGCAAGACCUGGCUGGGCGGCUGGAAGAGGUUCGGGGCCAGCUGCAGGUGACCCGGGGACACCUGGAUGCCACCAGGGGCCGCGUGUCCUGGCAGAUGGAGGAGGAACCCAGUGUCCCCAGAGCAGGUGAGGAGAAGGCUCUAGACGCUCAGGCAAUCUCCUCCGCGGAGGCUCCCCUGCCUGGACUGUUUGGGGACAACGAUGACUGGGACCAGCUCCUCAGCGGCAUCGGCAGCACCCCCCUCAGUGCCCUGCAGCUCUCCUGGAGCCCGCCCCCAACCCCGAAAGCCUCCUCAGGCCCCCCGACGCCCCGAGUGGUCAGGCAGAUCUCCCUCUCGGAGCCACAUGCUCUUCUGUUUGCUCAGGAGCUCUCUUCAGAUCCAGGGGGCUCUCCAAGGAGCCCCCUUGGGGCACCUUCUGGGACCGAGGAAGAGAAAGGAGCGAACCCAGAUGGGCCGGUCAUGAGCCCUCCAGAGCAGACCGGACAGCCCCCCAGCCCGGAAGCUAAGGAGGAGUCAGGGCUUGGCCCCGGGGUCCACUUCCCCUGGGGUCUCCUGGGGGUCCCAACUGGGGAGUCAGGGAGCCUGGUGGCAGCUGCACUCAAGGUGCUUGUUCCUUUGGAGGAUGGGCCCCCUCCUCAAGUGACCUCGCCCCCUCCCCAGGCCUCAGCUGGGCCCAGCACACAGUUCCAGACCUCACACCUGGAUGAUGAGGGCCCUGGCCCUGGGCCGGCCCCACCCAAGCCGCCCCGGCAGAGAGAGGCCCUCCAUCGGGACCCCCAUUCUGCUGGCUCUGAACCAAGGCUGGGGUCCUCGGGACCCGGAGCCCUCCUGGUGGGGCUGGGUGAGCCCUCCCAGGGCCUGGUGCCUGGGGGUCCGGCUCCCACGGAUGGAUCAGAGUGGGGCAAGUGGAGCCCAGAUGCACAAGAGGGCCAUUCAGGGGAGCUGCAGGAGGCUCGUGGCCGGGUCCCUGGGCUGCCCGCUCUCCUCCCCCAGAGCCUGGAAGAGGAGCCCGGGGCUGAGGAAAGGAAAGCAGUGGACCAGGGAGGGCAGAAGUUCAGGUCAGAGCUGACCGUCGAGGCUCGUGGCCUGAAACCCGAGCACUCAGAACUCCCCCAGCUCGAUCCCCAGCCCGCGCCUCACCCACCUGACGGAACACAAGCUAAGGUUGAAGCAGAAGCCCCGGCUCCCAGGAAACCAUCAAGGGGCUUUCCCCCAAUGGGGGCUCAGCCUGGGGAUGGAGCAGAGCCCCCAGAGCCCACACAAACCCUUCCCACCAGGGCUGAGCUGGAAGCCCAACCCAGGCCCCGGCCUACAACUGCCCACGCAGAAGGAGAACAAGCCCCCUCUAAGUCCAGGGAACCAAGGGCAGAGAACAGGCCUGAAGAUUCAAGAAUGGACUCUGGAGGUCCGGGGCUGACCCCAUUCCCUGGGGACCGCUCGGCCAGCGAACCUUUGGCCAACCCUGAUUACGCCUUCCACGUCAUCUUCCUGGGAGACUCGAACGUGGGCAAAACCUCCUUUCUGCACCUGCUACUCCAGAACAGCUUCGCCACUGGGCUGACAGCAACUGUGGGAGUGGAUUUUCGAGUCAAAAACCUGCUGGUGGACGGCAAGCGCUUUGCACUGCAGCUCUGGGACACAGCUGGCCAGGAGAGGUACCACAGCGUGACACGCCAGCUGCUCCGCAAGGCUGACGGCGUGGUGCUCAUGUACGACGUCACCUCCCAGGAGAGCUUUGUCCACGUGCGCUACUGGCUGGACUGUCUCCAGGAUGCAGAGUCUGACGACGUGGUCAUCCUUCUCUUGGGAAACAAGACGGACCGUGAGGAGGAUCGGCAAGUGUCCACUGAGGCUGGGCAGCAACUGGCCCAGGAGCUGGGGGUCUCCUUUGGAGAGUGCAGCGCUGCUCUGGGUCACAACAUCCUGGAGCCCGUGGUGCACCUGGCCCGGUCCCUCAAGAUGCAAGAAGAGCGCCUGAAGGGCUCACUGGUGGAGGUGGCCCCCGAGAAGCCUCCAAAGAGAGCUGGCUGCUGCUCCUGA